AAAACCUGACAGACUGACUGAAUGAAACAUGAAGGACCGCACACAGGAGCUCAGACAUGGAAAAGAGCUGGAAGAGCAGAAUGAGGUGGCUAUGAACAAUAAUAUGGUCACUGAAGAUGGCUUUUUGGAUGAGUUCUUUGAGCAGGUCGAAGAGAUUCGAGAGUUCAUCGACUCUUUGGCAGAGAAAGUAGAAGAAGUGAAGAGAAACCAUAGGGCCACACUGGCCUCUCCAAACCCAAAUGAGAAAACAAAAACAGAGUUUGAGGAACUGAUGAACGACAUCAAGACGUUGGCUAAUAAAGUGCGCUCCAAGUUACAGCAUAUACAGCAGAGCAUAGAGCAGGAGGAGGCAUUUAAUGGCCAAUCAGCUGAUGUGAGGAUACGAAAAACACAGCACUCCACCCUGUCACGUAAAUUUGUAGAGGUGAUGUCAGAGUAUAACACAGCGCAAUCUGAAUACAAGGAACGAUGCAAAGGACGGAUACAGAGACAGCUGGAGAUCACAGGAAGAAAGACGACAAAUGAGGAGUUGGAGACCAUAUUGGAAAGUGACAACCCAUCCAUCUUCACAACAGGAGUCAUCAUGGACUGCAGCAUCACUGAACAGGCCAUGAAUGAGAUUGAGUCGCGACACAAUGAAAUCAUCCAGUUGGAGAGCUGCAUCCGUGAGCUUCAAGAUAUGUUUGUGGAUUUGGCCGUGCUGGUGGACAACCAGGGAGAGUUAAUAAACAAUAUAGAGACAAACGUCUGCAGUGCUCAGGAAUAUGUGGAAAAGGCUAAAGAGGAAACCAAAGCGGCUAUUAAAAUCCAGAAGACAAGCAGAACGAAGUUGAUCCUUAUAGGCGGCUGUGUGUCUGUCUGUGUUCUCAUCAUUAUCGUCGCCCUCAUCUUUGGAUUGACAUAAGACAAGACUCUUCUUCACCUGUUUGUGUGGUGCUCAAAAACAAAAUACAGCAACUUCUGUCAGGAAUAAACUCGGGACAUCUUUCAUCUUUCGUUAUUUGUGAGACAGUUAUAGUUUUGUAAUCUACACUACCUGACAAAAGUCUCGUCGUGGAUCUCAGUUAUAAGAGCAACUUAUAAUAUCUUGACUUCUAGUUGAUCAUCUGGAAAAGUGUCAGAAGGUGGACUUUUCUGCUGAAUCAUCUGUUGAACUGCAUCCCAAUCAUCACAAAUACUGCAGAAGACCUACUGGAACCCACAUGGACCAAGAUUCUCACAGAAAUCAGUCAAGUUUGGUGAAGGAGAAAUCAUGGUUUGGGGUUACAUUCAGUAUAGGGGCGUGCGAGAGAUCUGCAGAGUGGAUGAUCAACAUCUACAGCCUGAGGUAUCAAGACAUUUGUGCUGCCCAUUACAUUACAAACCACAGGAGAGGGCAAAUUCUCCAGCAGGAUAGCGCUCCUUCUCAUACUUCAGCCUCCACAUCAAAGCUCCUAAAAGCAAAGAAGGUCAAGAUGCUCCAGGGUUGGCCAGCCCAGUCACCAGACAUGAACAUUAUUGAGCAUGUCUGGGGUAAGAUGAAGGAGGAGGCUUUGAAGAUGAACACAAAGAAUCUUGAUGAACUCUGGGAGUCCUGCAAGAACGCUUUCUUUGCCAUUCCAGGUGACUUUAUUAAUCAGUGAUUUGAGUCAUUGCAGAGAUGUAUGGAUGCAGUCCUCCAAGCUCAUGAUGGAGUCAGACACAAUAUUCAUUCUGUUUCCACUGCAGCAUGACCACAUAUUCUAUACUGGACAUUAUUGAAGGUUCACUGAUGAGACUUUAGUCUAAGCAAAGUCAGACCUUACUGUCCUAAUGAAAUCAUUCAAAAUCAAGGCAUCAUCAUAUUUUAUCGUGGUCAAGUAAGCGUCAUCUAGAGGCCUUUGCCUUUCAUAUAAGCCACUUCUGAUACCAAUUGAGCAACUAGAAGUCAAGUUAUUAUUUGAUGUUCCUAAAACUUGCAUAGGCGACAAGACUUUUGUCAGGUAGUGUAUAUUCCUUAGAUUCAGGGAGAUACUGUUAAAAACACAGUCACUAGCUAUGUUUCCAUCCACCUAUUUAACAUUUACAUUUAGUCAUUCAGCAGACAUUUUUGUCCAAAGUGACUUGCAAUUGAGCAGGCAUUCAGUGAUUCAGAAUUAAAUACUAGACAUAAAGUAAUGCUUGCUGGAAAUGGCAAGAUAAAUUUAGCAUCCAUUUUGAAAAUGCCAUAAAAACACAUGUGCACUACUGAGUUGGAUAAACGCUUUAUCUGAUAAGCAAAAAUGCACAUAAACUAUGAUGGGAACACAUUUACUGAAUAAAAUCCAGUUUAUGCGUUAAAAGUGAUGUGAUUUAGUUUGAUAAGAUCAUGUGAUGAUAAAAAUGUGUGUGAUGGGAUGCAUUGAUGGACUUUGCAGCGUUUCCAGCACAUUGUAAAAGAUCUGAAAUGUUGUUUUGCUCAUUUCUAAAACCCCUCAGCCGUCAGUCUGUCAUCACAAUGCUUCAGUAUUAUUAUUACUGAUUAUUAUUCCCUCCAGAACUGUCUUGAGCAUCAGUCUGCGCUCUCGUCUCACGCCUCCAAAAGCCACCGUGUUCAUUGCAUUCCGUCUUCGCCUUCUGAGGCGCCACUCAUUAAUUAGAGAAGAAAAAACACCACAGUGGCAAAUCCCAACGCUCUAAACUACAUUUCUCUGACUGAUAUUUCUGCAAGUUUAUCAGGAAGUGAUGAUUGUGUUCUCUUUUGUUUCUCAUUGGAUGGAAACGCUGAUUUAUUAGCAAAUGUUUAUUCGAUAUUAGUUUUAUGAUCUUUAGAUGCAAACACAACUAUAGACAUGUGGGGAAAUAAUGGUUAAGUAUGCAAUA